GGCGGCAAGCCCCGCCCCCUGGGCCGCCCGCGCCCGAGUGGGGCGAUCGGGCGAUGGCGUGACGUUGGCGUUUCGGGGUGCUGCCAUUGGCGGGCGCGGGGGGACGGGAGAUGUGGCGCGCGGUGCCCCGGGCGGCCGUUGCUGUGGGCGGCCGGGGAGCCGCGGUGUCGCGGGGGCGCCGCUACUGCUACUACUCCGUGCCGAGCUGCCGCGAGCCGCCGCCGCACCCGUCCGCCGCAGGCCUGUGGGGAGCGAAGGCCCGUGCCGUGAGUAGAACGUAUAUUACCGCCACAAUGCCCGAAGUAAGCACAGAUAACCUGGAUGAGCAGCAGGUGCAGCUCCUGGCUGAGAUGUGCAUCCUUAUUGAUGAAAAUGAUAACAAGAUUGGAGCAGACACUAAGAAAAACUGUCAUUUGAAUGAAAACAUUGAUAAAGGAUUGCUGCACCGAGCAUUCAGUGUUUUCUUAUUCAAUACAGAAAAUAAACUGUUGUUGCAGCAGAGAUCACAUGCUAAAAUUACUUUUCCAGAUUGUUUUACCAACACUUGUUGUAGUCAUCCACUAAGCCAUCCACUAGAACUAGAAGAAAAUGAUGCCAUUGGUGUUCGGAGAGCAGCACAAAGACGACUGAAAGCUGAAUUAGGAAUUCCCAUGGAGCAGGUAACUCCGGAAGAAAUCUCCUAUCUGACAAGAAUUCACUACAAGGCCCAGUCUGAUGGGAUUUGGGGUGAACAUGAAAUAGACUAUAUCUUAUUUGUACAGAAGGAUGUAACACUGAAUCCUGACCCUAAUGAGAUCAAGAGCUACUGUUAUGUGACACAGAAAGAACUAAAACAGCUCUUGGACAAAGCCUCCAAGAAUGAAGUUAAGAUUACUCCAUGGUUUAAACUAAUUGCAGAGACCUUUCUUUUUAAGUGGUGGGAUAACUUAUCUAACUUGAAUAAAUUUGUUGAUCAUGAAAGAAUACACAGAAUGUAAAUAGCCGCGGCUGAAAGAUGCUGAAGGCUAGCAAUGAUAUGCUGUCUCACGAACAGUGUGGUAACUCUGACUCAAGUGCUAAAAAAUAUGGUCCACCUGGAGCAUAUUUAACAAAUAACUUUAUACAGAGAUGGUUAUAGUCUUUUUUUUUUUCUUUUUUUCCUCAAAUGCCUCCCCCAAGCCGCCUUUCACCUUGGGUGAGUUUAGCUUGGUCUCAUUUAAAAUGAGUAAUGGUAACCUAACAAUCCUCCUGGCUGUGUCUUUCUCUGUUACCCUCAUCAUGUGAUGUGAAAGAAUGCUCAACCUGUGUGUACCCGUUUUGCUCUUCUUUCUUUCUGUAAUAACUACGUGUGCUGGCAAGGGAAUUUUGACAUCACCUGUCCAGCUCAUUCAGUUGAGAUAGUAUCCUUUCAACUUCACAUGAUUUAAACUCAUUUGUAAUCGGUAUUUUGAAAGAUGGUGUUCUACAUUCAUGUGGAGAAGACUGAUUCCCUAAAGAAAACCAAUUAGUUGAAAGCAAUCAAGAUAAUUGCAAGUAGACCUCUUCAGCUGCUGUACUGUCUCAUUAAAAAGAAAACAACACAUAAAAGCUUAAGUAAUUAGUUUGUCUGUGUGGACUGAGUUCUUUGAAGCUUAAAGUCUUGCACUGAUACCAAAAAAACCCACAGAUCAUUUAGUGCAGCUUAGACUUUUAUUAUCUUAUGUGAUGAUACAUCAUAAAAAAGGUCUGUCGGAGCUUUAGAAAAUAAACACUUCCACUCCUCCCCCUUCCUGGUUAAGUGAUGACUAAAUACUGUGUAGUUUUCUGGAUAUCGCUAAUUGGAAACUAACGGUUAAUUAUACCAAAUGUGAAUGCUAGAUACCUAACAUGAAGUAGACUCUUUGGAGAAGGGAGUAUGCUUUAAAUGGCACUUCUCCAGCUUCCAGAAAACCAAGACAUUCCGAUGCAAGUUUUUUUUUUUCUUGCAGUCUCUGCUAUGAGACCCUUUCUGAAGUCCCUGAAAACUCAAACCUGCUAUUUAAGCAGUUGUUCAAACUCCAAAAUUGAAGUUUGACACUAAGUCUUAAUUUUAGUGAGAAAUUGUACUUGAGUGUCAGAGCUACUCCUUUUUGAUCUUGCAAUCAGUUACUGGUCAACAGAGUAGGGUUGUGUUUUGUUUUUUGUUUUUAAUAAGAUAGCAAAUAAUCAAAGGUAUCUCAAUUUGAAUUUAAGUACAGGGUUUUUUAUUCCCCUGUAAACUUUAAUUGUGAUGUCUUCUGAUAGCAGACCAUUGAAAAACCUAGGUUUCUUUGAGGUUAAUCUCUACCAAAGUUUUUCUAGUAAAAUAAGAUGUUGUUCAUCAGUUCUCCCUGUAUGUGAAAAAUGGUUAUAACUAAUCUGUGCCUGGUUUCAAGAGAAAGGGAGAUUUUCAGAUGCUUAACAUUUUUCUCAUCUCAGUUGUUGCAACAAUUAUGACUACAGCAUUGAAGCUAUUAUGUGCCAGCAUCUCUACUAGUUCAGCAUUUAAAGUUUUGGGUCAAGUUGUUGUGUAUUGACUGAAUUGAUGUGUUCUCUUACAGGAAAUAAUGGUGGGAGAGGGAAUAGUAAAGAGCUCUGUUGAAUUUAGUGCAAUCAGCUACAUUACCCAAGUAAUGAAUUAAAGUACUUUUAAAAAGAAAUGUGAUUUUAAAAAUAAGACUAAGGAUUAAAAUACCUAACCUAAAA